CUUUACACACACAGGAAGUCACACAGGAAGAAUGGCAAGUGCUUUUGCCAACCACGGUCAUGUGACGACACCGCCCACCAUUUGCAACACUGAAGCUAUAUCCCAGCAUCCUUUGCGGCCCGCUCUCUCUUUCCGGUAACCAAGAUGUCUAAGAGAGGUGAGGGCCUUGAGCUGCAGAGCGCAAUCCGCUGCCAUCUGUCGUUAUUAGUCGAUCUGGUGUCCAGCCCUUACGUCUGGAUUCAUCACCACACUGCCCCGCUCCAAUACUGAGCAUAUGGUCAGGCAUGGAAGUCGGGGUGAUGGGUGAAGAAGACCCGGGGAGAUAAGGGGUAUCGGAUGGCCCGCAGAGCCAUGUUUGUGAUAGCUCUGGGAGGGAUAGACUACAGCAUGUGUGUAAGUGGGGUUUUCUUUAGUAGGCUGGAUGGAUAUGUUUUGUUAUGUUUUUAGUAGUGCAUGAAAAUGUGUAGUAUGGUAGGAUUGUUCAUAUUUAGGGGAAGACACCCAAGUGUUUGAGGCUCAGGUUAUGUAGUAUAGGGAGUGUAGAAUGGCUGAAUUGCUCUAUAUGUAUUAUAAUAACUUCUGUGCUGUGAUAAGCUGUAUAUAAAGGGUGUCCAACCCGGUCUGUCUUCCUGUUGUACGCCAUUUCCUUCUAAAUGGUGAACAUUGCUAUAUAGAACAUAAUGAAUUACUUUGUUUUGGUAUGAGUCUCUUUGCCAUUUUAAAGCAUUUGGGUAGCAGUUGUCCUUUAAUUUGUCAUGUCCUUCUGUCUUUGGAUAGCAUGGUAGUGUUAGUAUGUAUGCGUCUGCCAUGCUUUCUGUAUGUAAUGGGUUAUUGUAGUAGAAAGUCUUCUGUGGGGUUACAGAUUAGUAUUUGUCUACUUAUGCAAAUGUGACUAUUGAAAAUCCUCAUGUAUCUGUUUUUCUUUUUCUUCAUUUUAGGACGUGGAGGUUCCUCUGGUGCGAAAUUUCGCAUCUCACUCGGUCUCCCCGUGGGGGCUGUUAUUAACUGUGCUGAUAAUACAGGUAAGAAUAUUCCAAAACUAAUCCUAUUGCCAUUUACUUUAAUGCCUUUGUCCCUCUACUUCCAAGUUAAAGGGACACUAUAGUCACCCAGACUACUUCAGCUCAAUGAAGUGGUCUGAGUGCCAGGUCUCAGGUUUUAACCCUUCAGAUGUAAACAUAGCAGUUUCAGAGAAACUACUAUGUUUACAUAGCAGGGUUAAUCCAACCUCUAGUUGCUGUCUUCUUGACAGCCGCAAGAGGUGCAUCUGCGACGCUGGAUGCGAAAUUCACAUCCAGCGUGCAUUGAGUAAAUGCUUUCCUAAGGACUGUUUGAAUGCGCGCCCGGCACUUCCCGCUCCACUUGGGAGCUGACGUCGGCGGGGGAGGAGAAAUCACCAGCGCCGAUGGAGCUCGGCACUGGAUUAAGGUAAGUAGCUGAAGGGGUUUUAACCCUUUCAGCGCCAAGGGACGGGGACCCAGAGAGUGGGCGCACCCUUAGGACACUAUAGUGUCAGGAAAACCGCCUUGUUUUCCUGACACUAUAGUGAUUCUUUAACUGAAAAUGUCCUAGAAACUGUUCCCUGAGUAAAAGGACAUCUGCAAUUAUGCUGCUUCUGCAUAAUUGUGUGCCCUGCUGAACAAAAUAAAAAAAAUAGUAUUUUGAUUUGUUUUACCUGAAAUCUAUACUGAUUUGUUGUAUACAAAUGAAAAUGAAGGCUUAGGGGUCAGUCAAAGCUUGACACUAGAGUCAACAUAUAAAAGGACUAAGUGGGUAGUGACUGUCAUAAACCCGGAAUUAAAUAAGAAAAAAAAAUUCCUCAGAGGAAUAAAAGCGUAAAGGGCCCUUUACUCUUUUAGUCCUCUGAGGAAUUUUUUCUCUUUAAUUUAUUGUAUAUCCCCUCUUCUAAAAAGCACUUGCAAUGUCUGCUCAGUGGCACUGUGAGUUGUCGUGGAAGAGGAAAGGAAAACAUUGCUUUUGGGUGAAGCGGCAGCUACAUGUGCUAUUCAGCUUCAAUCAGUGGUGUGACAUGACUGCAUGGUACCCCAAAUGGUUAUUCCAACUCAUAGUGUAGUUGUUCAUCAUUUGUAACUACAAACUAAGUAUGUUCCAUUGUUAAAUGUCUCUGCAAUCUCUCAUACCAGGUGCCAAGAACUUGUACAUCAUCUCUGUAAAAGGCAUCAAAGGUAGACUGAACAGGCUGCCUGCUGCUGGUGUGGGAGACAUGGUGAUGGCAACAGUAAAGAAAGGAAAGCCUGAACUCAGAAAAAAGGGUAUGUGACUGAAGUACUUAUUUGUCAUCUUAACUGCUGUUUUCUUGUUAGUAUAACCAUAUAGAUUAACAUCUGCUGGUUGUGAUCUUCUAUUUUUAUAGUUUCUCUUAAUUUGCGUGCAUAUGAUAUUUUUGGAGGAAACAACAAGGGUUUAAAUUCUCUUGUAUGUAGUUUCUCUGGCAAUGCCCAUGAGCCCGUUUGAGGUAUUGUGGGAUGGCAAAGUUGCCCAAAACAUGGUGCAGUUGGAGAAGUAAUAAAUGUGGGAUAUAGAUGAAAACAUAGUUCCUAUCCUACAUUUUUUCCUUACUUUUAAAUUUAUUUAGAGCACUUCUGCUUCUUCUGUGGUGACUAGAAGUGGGUGUCCCUUCUCAGUCAAUGCUGGUCCUCCCAUCGUUUUACAUUCGGAAUGCUGUACAUGUAUCGUAAAGCAUUGUGCAAUGGGGUUUAAAAGGAUCUGUAGUAUAGCAGUGGCAAGAAGUUUAAUGUAGUAAAUAGAUUUGGCUAGCCAGUAGAAACCGUUAGGUGCUGCUGUACAGGCUGUGAUAUGGUGUGGAAUUGCUUAGGAUUUGUAACAACCAAGAAAGCAAUAGUUCAGUCAGUGGGGUGGUCAGCUUACAGCUGUAAACAUUUUGCAAAUAAUUGACGCUAAAUUGAACAUAGUGAUGAGUAUGUGAACUUUAGCAACAAAACUUCUCAAAUAAAAUAUUUAUUAGCAUGUGCAUUGUUCAUUCUCACUGAUUCUUCAGUAAAGCCAUCUGAAAUGUAGGUACCAGUAAUUCUGGAAAAUUGCACAAAUGGAAGCUUCAUUGUAUAUCAGUUUAGCGUUCAGAAGAGAAGUACAUGGAUUUGCAGGCCUCUGACUCUUAGAUUCGCACACAUGGAAAUUGUUUUGUUUUUAAAAUAAUAUCCUGGGUGCAGUCAAUUGUAUCAAAGCGGGUUCCAAGCCUCUUCUAAAAAGCACUUGCAAUGUCUGCUCAGUGGCACGGUGAGUUGUCGUGGAAGAGGAAAGUAAAACAUUGCUUUUGGGUGAAGGGGCAGCUACAUGUGCUGUUUAACUUCAAUCGGUGGUGUUACAUUUCUAUACACUAUUUUGUACAUUUCUAGCAGCCAUAGCUUUGAACUGGAGGGAACUGUGGAGGAUAGAAAUCUUCCAUUCAUUUAUUUGCGGUUUCCCUAGUAUUCAUGAAUAUUGGUCUGCUAUGCACUCAUGUUUGAAGCAUGCUGUCUUGGAAGUUAUGUAUAAGAAACCAAUGGUGCUCUUGUUCAAACUUGGCUUCAUGCUAUAACCUUUUUAUUUAUAUUUAUGUAGUGCAUCCUGCAGUGGUGAUACGGCAGCGGAAAUCGUAUCGGAGAAAAGAUGGGGUGUUUUUGUAUUUUGAGGACAAUGCGGGGGUUAUAGUGAACAACAAAGGAGAAAUGAAAGGUAUGUACCAAUGUACAGAAACUUAAUUACUUUACAUGAGAAAAGGGCCAGAUAGGAAUUUAAAAUAAAUAAAUAAAUAAAUUACACCGAUAUAUCUUUCAUAUUAGCUACCCUUAUCUAAGCUCUGCACUCCCAGGCUUGGGUCUGUGUUAGAGGUGACUAGUGGAUCUUAGUCAAGACCUUUUGCAGGAUUUACCACAAUCAAACAACCCAAUCAGUAUUCAUGUCCCAAAAAUUACCUAAUUAAGUUCCUUAAUAGCAUUAAAGUUCACUAUAGCAUUGGAAAAACAAACGCUAUAGUACCUCUUUCUAUUGCACCACUCACUGACGUGAGCAUUAUUUAUUUAUUUAUUACGGGUAUUUAUAAAGAGCUACUAUAUUCCGCAGUGCUGUACAAUAAGGGGAGAACAUACAAUAUGCACAGACAAAUACAAAAGGUAGAGAGUACUGCCUGUAAGCUGAGAUUUAACCUAUGAAGCUCUUUUAUACAAAGUGCUUAGCUUGAUAACCUGUGAGCUUACAAUCUAACGGAUAAAAUGGUGAUUUGUGGACCUGAUGCUCAUGCAUACAACACGCUCGUUUAAAAUUCCCCAUAGGAAAGCAUUCAGUCAGUAUUUUUAAACUUGCCUUUUCUCUACUGCUGCACCAGUCUCAACACUGGCCCUGCCUCCUUAGCUGAGAUUAUUAAAGGAGCACCCACUAAAUAUAGUAAAAUCUUACUUUUGAUCCAGGCUGCUACUGCCUGAUCUGCCUGCCUGGCUGACAUAAUCAGAAGUGUUAUUCAAAGCCCAUCACAAUGCUUUCACGUAGGAAAGCAUUGGGUUGGCUGAAACUGUCAAGAAAUGGGGCAGAGCCAGCACAAGCCAAACAUUGCCAUAUCCUAUCAGCAUCUCCUCAAAUAAAUGCAUCGAAUCAAUGCAGCUCGAUUAGGAAAGUUCAGUGUCUGCAUGCAGAGGGUGAAGACACCUCUGGCAGCCAUCUGAGGAAUGGCCAGUGGAGGUAUCCCUAGGCUGUAAUGUAAACACUGCAUGUUUUCUCUGAAAACUGUGUUUACUGCAAAAAGCCUGAAGGGGAAUGUUUAUACUCACCAGAACAAAUACAAUAAGCUGUUGUAGUUCUGGUGACUAUGGUGUUCCUGUAAACGUUAUUUUAGCAAAUCCAAUGCUUUACCAUAGGUAAGUUUCCCAUGGAAACUGUUUAGUUACAUGUGCAUUGUUCGUUCUUAUUCUUCAGUAAAGCCAUCUGAAUAUAUAUAUUAUUUCAAACAAGCCUGAGGGUGCAGACAAUUGUAUCAAAGCUGGUUCCAAGCCUCUUCUAAAAAGCACUUGCAAUGUCUGCUCAGUGGCACGGUGAGUUGUCGUGGAAGAGGAAAGUAAAACAUUGCUUUUGGGUGAAGGGGCAGCUUACAUGUGCUGUUUAACUUCAAUCAGUGAUGUUACAUUUCUACACAAUAUGCUGUAAAUUUCAAGCAGUCAUAGCUUUGAACAGGAGGGAACUGUGGAUGAAACCUUCCAUUAAUUUAAUUUCUUGAUUGCUCUAGUUUUAAUGAAUAUAGAUCUGCUAUACACUCAUGUGCAAAGCACAGCUCUGGGGGGGGGAUUGACACUAUAAGAUGGCGGUAGCUCUGAAAAGUGUCAAGAAGUUUCAGGCAUAGGAAAUACAUAGGGACAACAUAGUACUUUGUCUCUGUAUAUUUUGACUGAGUUGGAAUUUCAGUUAAAUUGAGUAUUUUAAAAAGAUUCUAUCUUUAUGAAAUGCUCCUAUUCAGGUGGUAACAGGGCUGCUUUAAAUGUGACUGAACCAGUGAAAAGCCAACUAAACGUAUUGGCUGCUAGUCAGGAGCAUAAAUAAUUAAGGGGAUUGGAGCCACAGUCACUAGCGAUUAAACUGGUUUACAUACACUUUAUAAAUAAGUUUAAAGUUUGUGCAUACAUAAAAAACCUGACUCACUAUCCAUUUUAUUGUACUGUCUGCUCAGUAACACACUUUUUUGUUUUGUUUGCUGUUGGGUGGAUACUAGCCAUGCUUUCUUUAAUAAUGGAAAAUGUGAAUAUCUCGUUCCUUUUUAAAAAAAUAAAUAAAAAAAAAUUCCCUUUUCUUCCAGGUUCUGCUAUUACAGGCCCCGUUGCAAAGGAAUGUGCAGACCUGUGGCCCAGGAUUGCCUCAAAUGCAGGAAGCAUUGCAUGAUAAUACCCUCCCUUUGUAAAAUAAAAUGUGGUUGUACCAAAACAAAAAAUUGUCUUUAUUUUAUGGGAACAUAAGUUUAGCAGCUGAAAGAGGGGGGGAAAAAACAAAUUUAAAUGAACAACACUGUAAUCCUU